AUGAAGGGCCUGCAAGUUAAUCCGACCAAUUGGGGAUUCCUCGCCCUGGACCGACAGACCUGGAGGAGAGCAGUGAUGACCGGCGGGGCAAUCUACAAAGCCGCCGCCAAAGCCAAACGCGAGGAUCGUAAAUGUCAACUGCGCUCACCCCUCAACGCCUAUGCUCGGCCGCCCCUAAUCUGCCCGCGAUGUCGGCGGACGUUUCGGGCACCAGUUGGACUUAUUAAACAUCUCUGUACCAAAUGCAGCACCCGAACGACACCACCCGAUGACCCCCCUCCCACAUCCGCCUUGCCUCCCACGUCGACACUCAACACUGAGCGCACUCCUGAACACCACUGUCAUCCUCCUCCUCCAUCGCCUCAACAUCCGCUGCGGCGACUCCUGUGCCCACCACCACUGCAUGUAAUCCUGACGCAUCGGCAAGCAUUAACCUCCCCACCAUCAACGCCAGCGAUGGGGUAUCAGUCCAUACCUGUCCUCGUUGCGACCGCACCUUCACCCCACGCAUCGGGCUGGUCGGUCAUUUGCGAAUCAAUCGCACACAGACUGGCGAACCAGUACCUGGAUCACCAACCUACACUGGUCGUACUCACCUCCACUGUCCACAAAGCUCCCACACAUUCACUCACCCGCUGGGCCUCUUCGGUCACAUGCGUAUCCACGAGAGCAGAAUUCACCGCAAUCUCGCGAACCAGUGUCUAG